GCUGUCAUUUUGACGUUUCUUGUUACGACACAAUAAACAGCUGAUAACUCACCGUGGUCAUUAUUUGUAAAUCUAUUUGGGAAAUAUGAGCCUGCUAAAAAAGUGCGCGCAGCAGUUAUUGGAAAACACAAAUUUGUGUUCUCAAGCAAUCGCUGCAACAGCUGCUGCAUUCCACACAAGUCCAGUAUGCAAUCGCGUGCAAGCCGGUCGCUAUCGUGUUACGACAAAACGUAAUCGUGCACUCACAUAUGAAAUGGCCAACCCUCCCCACUAUAUUGCACAUCGCAAAGCUUGGAACUCAUGGAACACGUCAUCUAUGUUGGAUGGACUGCGCCCCUCACAGACCGCCAUUGAAGAUGUGUUUAUGCGCAAGUUCAUGACUGGUACCUGGCAUGCGCUUAUUGUAUCCGAAGUGAUUAUCAAAAGGCAGCAUAAUAUGAUAAGAAUAGCUGCCAUUAUUCGCCAAGCAAUUAGCCCGAGAAAGAUGUACUUUCUUAUUGGUUAUACCGAGGAGCUCCUCUCAUAUUGGUUGCAGUGUCCGGUGACAUUGGAGUUACAAACCGUUGCAGAUAAAAAGGAUGUUGUAUUCAAGUAUAUUUAAGUUUUAUGUAGACGUUGAAACGGGGCGAGAGUAACCAAAUAAAGCGCAGUCCUAACGAAAUUUUGUUUAUCAGUGCACAGUAA